AGAAAUCUCGUAUCUAUAGGUCUGUCAAAGGCAACAAAAUUACAAUGCGUAAUCGUUAUGAAAAUUUGAAAUUGUUUAGAGUGCAACAACGCUAAAAAAUUAUGGCCCUCAGAACUAUGCCGGGUAAAUUAAAAGACGAAGAUUUAGCAAUAAGGGGUGCCCAUUUGCUUGGUCCCAGUCUAGAGUCAAAAUUCGAUGAGCUGAAGUUCGAAAUAACGCACAAGAUUGAUAAAGAGCUGACCGACUCACAGAACGCGAGGGAUUACAUUUCACAGAAGUACGACGAGCUGUGUACCAAGAUCAAAUAUUUGACAGAACUUGACGCCACUGUCACAGGUACUUUGGUUACUAUCACAGGCUUUAGAAGCGACGUCAAGGCGAUAGAGAAACAAAUCGCCGAGCUUGCCUGUAGAGUGGACGACAUUGAGAAGAAAGCCAUUAUCAGAGACUGCCCCUCGCUCACGUCGUCACUCUUCUGACAUGUCCCGUCUUGAGUUCAUUUGUUUUUGACGUCCAGUCUUUUUGUUAGAUUUGUCUAAUAAAUUGAUUAGAAAAAUAUA